UUGGACUGCAAGAGCUUGCUUGUCUCCAAACCAUCAGGAUGAGGAAGACCUCAUAUGCCAUCGCCUUCGUGCUGGUUGCUGCAACUUUGGCUCUAAAUAUUUUGGCUGCUCGAAGCAACGACUGGUUUGUUGUCAAGGGCGAGGAUAUUCUCGGCACGAAGUACACUGUGCGAUAUGGUCUCAUGGAACGCUGCGAAGCAACGUCUAUCAAUAUCCCCGGGUCGAACGGCAAAGUUACCUACUCAGACUACCAGUGCCGACCGUUUCCUGCCAGUGUCACCGACCGUUGUGAAAAGAACAAUCGCUUCUUCUGCACGGCAUGGACGAGUGCGGGGUAUGUGGAGGAGCUGGGCAUCGGAUUUGGCGCGAUCGCGCUUCUUUCCUUGAUCUUUGGGGUGAGCACCCAUUCCCGCCGUCUGCGAAUCUGGAAGGCCGUUGCGGGUCUUGUUGCCCUUCAUGCCUUGUUCCCUAUGAUCACCUUUGCUGUUGUAACCGAUCUGUAUCGCACUUCCAAGUUCUCUGGGUUCGACCACGCCCGCCCCAGCUUUGCCUACUAUCUGAGCAUCGUUUCUUGGGCAGUCGCCUUCGGUAUCUCUUUCGGCGUGGUUUUGACUGGUGUCUCUGCCCGCAAAGGUCACAGAUGGGCGGCAGGCAAUCGUGCUUACGCUCCCAUUGAAGGCUGAGAUCCUUCUUGUUGUUUGAUCUGUGCGCAUACAUAUAUCCACCGUUCCAUUCUGAUAACUUGAUACGUUAUAUGCUUGUUGUCGUGCUUGUCUUCUUGUUUUUGAUUCAUUGUAUUCUCCUAGCUGUCCAGACGAGCCGUGACCCGUAUGCACGAUGCCUUGUUACCCAUUACUUUGAUGUACUAUAGAUAUCUACUAUUGUCCCAGAUCUCUCUCUCUCUAAUUUCCACUAGGCUGUCAGCGGUC